UCUGUGCAGAGCGUCUUUGAGACGUAGAAGAAAGCAGAAGGGUCAUGAAGAACAUGAGAAACAGGAAGGAUGGUGUGGGUAAGUGCAUGCAUGUGUGUUGGUGUGAUUUUGACUCUGUGGUCGAGUAUGAAUGUAUUAACUCUCACAGACGGCUUCCUCCUCGGCUGAGCGUCAGUCUGCUCCGAAGACGCCACGCUGCCGGACGUCCAUACGGCGCCAGGUUCCAGCCAUGAGUCGGCGACGGGUCUCGGUCAAAGAUCUGGGGGUGUCGGACUGUCAGGGCUGGCUUCUCCGCAGGAAGGGGGGCCGCAGUUUCCUGGGAAGCAAAUGGAAGAGAUACUGGUUUGUCCUGAAGAAGAGUUCCCUGUACUGGUACACCAACCAGAUGGCGGAGAAAGCCGAAGGAUUCAUCCACCUGUCGGGCUUCACCAUCCAACAGGCCAGACAGUGCAGGAAGAAACAUGCCAUGACGGCCAGUCAUCCUCUCGUUGUGACCAUUUUCAUCGCUGCAGAGAGCUUCGCAGACAUGAACAAGUGGAUCAGGAAGCUGUCCGAAGCAGCCGAGCCGUGCGACCAGAUCAACGCCCAAGAGUGCUACAGCGAAGGCAGCGAUGACGACGCUGACGAGUGUGUGACCACUUCCUGUUCUCUGAACGCUGAGCUGCAAACAGCUGAUUCUGAUGGAGACGUUUCCCAGCCUCUCGGUGAGUCGUCCCCCCGCACCUCCACCCCGCCAGCUUCACCGACCUGUGAAAGCAGAAGAAGAAGCACCUUGGAGGGGGCGACUUUAAGCAGAAACAGGAGAGGAAGAAGAAGAGCGUCAUCAGAGGGCGGUGAGCGGCUGUCCUGGCUGGACCCGGCCGGGCCCGGCGGAGCGUCCCUCCCUCUGAUCCACGUCGGAGGAGGAACAGAAGACGAGGACGUCCACGAGAAGCCCGCUGAUGAGAUGGAGUCCCUCUACAACGACCUGAAGGCAGCCAGCUUGUCUCCGAUUGGACAGUCCAGUCGGAAGGACUUCAGAGCGUCGUUCAUCAGACGAUGUCACAACGACAAAGUCAACGAGAAGCUCCACCUGCUCCGGAUCCUCCAAAGCACGCUGAAGGCCAAAGAGUCGGAGCUGCUGGCGGUGGAGCAGAUCAUGACCGUCCCGACCCUCGCGGCGCCCACAUACAGGAAGUGGAGGCUCUCCAACGCCGUCCUGCUGCAGGAGAUCGCUCAACGCAACCAGGCAGCAGGAGGCGCUGCAGAGCUGAGAUAAAGACAAGUGUCUUCAGGUUGUCCGUCCUCGCUGAGACACUGCUGGCUGAACUGGGACCAGACGGCUAAACCUGUGACUCCCAUCCUGAUGGCAGUGGUGGAACGUAACUAAGCUAAUGACUCGAGUCCUGUACUUUUCAACCUGGAUGUUCCCAUGUUUGUGUCUAAGUGACUGCGAUAAAUGACGUUGUCCUUGGGUCACAUUUGACCCGUUUUGAGUUUUUUAUCACAAAAAAUGGGCCUUCAAAAUAAG